UGAAUCGGAUUUUCCCACUCCUUGGUUUUCUCUUUUAUAAUAUUCGUUUCUUUUGACCAUUCACUUCACUUUUUUAUUUUGUCUUUUAGGGUUUAAUUUCUUCAUUCACAUUCACAAAUUUCUCUUCCUUUGUUGGAUUUUCACUCUCUAGACUCAGUCUAAGGAUCGAUCAUGUCGGUCACUUUUUCCUCUUCAUCGGUAACUGACUGCCCGAUUUUUCCGGCGGCUUCAGUUUCAGCUGCUCCUCUUGCUGCUGCCGGCGGAAGCGGCGGUUGUUCUUCCUCAGAAGCUGCUCUUGACUACUGUUUUGAUGAUAAUUGCAGUAUUUGCCUCGAACCGUUUACUUCUCUUAAUCCUUCCACCGUCACCAGCUGCAAACAUGAGUAUCAUCUUCAAUGUAUUCUUGAAUGGUCACAGAGAAGCAAAGAGUGUCCAAUAUGUUGGCAGCUUCUUUCCCUAAAGGAGCCUGGCUGCCAAGAACUUCUAGCUGCUGUUGAGACUGAGAGGCGUUUAAGGUCAAGGAACUCAUCUUCUGCUGCUGCUACUUCCUCAAGUCUAGCUCAUGUUCAUGAGGAUUUAGAUGUAGAACAGGAUUCCUUCUCGGAUGACUCUGAUUUCGACGAGCGUGUUAUGCAGCAUCUAGCUGCUGUUGCUAGCAGAGCUCAUAAUUUUCGCAGAAGGGAGAGGCAAAUAUCUUCUACACGGGAUCCCUCUCAGGGUCUCAUCUUUCCCUCGCCUGUGAAUGCUCAUAGUGCUCAGCAAACGCAGGCCUCUGCGGAGUUUCAAGUAGAAUAUCAAGACAUAUCAGGGUGUAAUUCAGGAACUCCUCUCAUGGCAUCGCAACCUCUGCCAUCUUUGGACACUGCGGUCAGCAGAGAUAUUCCUUCCAAACCGAGGGUUUUAUUCAGACUGCAAUCACAUGAUGCACCACAAACACCAACCCGGGGGUCAUCUUUCUCAGAUUCUAUCAAAUCAAAAUUGGUUGCUGCUUCAGCCAGGUACAAGGAAUCCAUCUCUAAAAGUACUCGAGAUAUAAAAGAGAAGAUAGCUGCACGUAAUAAUUCAGUUAAGGAGCUCAGCAAAGGGGUGCAGCGAGAGAUGAGUGCAGGAAUUGCUGGUGUCACACGAAUGAUUGAGCGUUUAGAUCUUACCCCAAAAAGAAACGGAGCUUCCUCUCCUGUUUCGGGCUGUAGGGCAGGAACACCAUCCAACAUCUCUGUAAUGGGAAAAAACAUGCAUGAAAACAUUAGUGCUCAGACAGCUGACAGAUUCAACGAGGAAACAGCAAGUGUUGCAAGGUUGGAUUCACCUUCACAUGUUACCAGGGCGACUGAAGUUCACCAUAUACAGAGAGAUUGCUGAUGCUAUAUGGGUCAAACCGGGCUACUAAACUGCAAUUUUAAGUGAUCUUCUACGAGGAGGCAAGUGAUGCAAGCGACGUAGUCUGGAAUCAAUUCACCUGUUGGUUUGCGUCCUGCAUUGCAUAUUUAUAUGCACAGUAUAAAAUGUCUAGCAAACGAAGUAACUUCUGUUAAAAUGUCAAGGAGUUCUAGUUUUUUUUUUGUUAGCUUCUUUGGUGAAUGAAUAAGUAACGUUGCAUAAUUCUUCUUUAAUGUGAGAGUAGAUGCUUCUUCUGCUUA